AGGAAAGGACAUGACAAUUCUGAUGAUGUUGGGAAAUCUAUAAGCAAAACAGCGAUUUUCUCUAAAUAUAUAACAUUAGAAUACCGUAAGUACAAGUUGACAACACCAUAUUGCUAUUAUUCUAUGACAAUGCAUCUCUAAGUGUGGGGUUUACUCAAACGUUUCAUGUUAUCUUCGACCGGGAUAGUAAAGGUUUAUGAGCCCUUUCCCCCUCCCCUAUGCGUUCUGCGUGGAUAGUGCGGGCGAGGCGCAAGGAGGGCGCGGUGGCGCGUGAUCCACUGUCGAUCGCGGAGUUUUCGUUAGGGCCACUAAGGUUACAUGGAGAAGUGGGAAAUGAUUUGAUCGAAGAUGUCAAAUGCGGAACAGGAGGUAGAACCGGUUGCGGUGGCGGUGGGUAACGGAGUUGACACGAGUCGCUGUUACUGGAGAGAGCACUCAGCAGAUGACCACAAGCAUCUUCACCAUGAUCCGGUAAAAAUUGAGACUAUCACCCGAAGUAGAAAAAUGGAGAGGUCAUUCUCCAGAGAAGCUGGCAGUGUAAGGGGAACCAUGUCAACGUCUGAAGACAGCUUCCCAACAGCUCUACCCAUGUUGCUGGCCAUCGUGGAGGGGCCCGACAGGCACCCUGCAGACGAGGGGUCUCAGGAAGUGCUGCGGGCGAAACUAUGCCUCCUGGAGGCCGACAGCGCGGAGGUCAACGCUCUCUUUACGGAACUCUCUGCCAGGCUGGUCACCAUCAACAGUGAAGAAAACGUUAUAUUCGUCGCAUUCAAAACAUUCGAAGAGAUAUGGAAGUUCACCACAUAUUACACAAUGGGCUUUCUGGGUCAGUGCAUGGAGAACCUGCUCCUAGACCAGGAUUUCUGGUUGAGCUCUAUGGACGAGAAGAACGUGGGCAUAGAGAUCUCUAUCCAAGAGGACACUCUCAACCUAAUGUACAAAGGCAUCCUCAUGCAAGAGGGUUCCUUCUUCGCCAGCUGCAGUUCCACCCAGAUGUUUGACAGCUCCACCUCUGGUAGUGACCUCUACCUGGAGCAGGGGGACAUAGCCCUGUUCGAGCCCCCGUUCUUGGGGUCGGGGUGGACUGUACUGUCCCUGGGGGAUGGAGCCCGGGGGACCAAGCCCAAACCAGCCCUGGAGCCCGUCAUACCCUUCCACCAAUGGUUCUUGAAAUCCUGUGCGGAGAACAUCUUAGUUGGUAGUGGCAAGCCAGCAUGUGACUUCCUCUGCCAGUUUGCCACAGGCUCCUGCAUUGCCACUGUGGAGUAUGACGCAGGAGGGCCAGAUGAGCUGAGCCUGGAGCAGGGUGAUCACGUCAUCAUUGUGGGCCUGUUGGUGUCGUGCUUCGAGUGGUUCACUGGCAGGCUAGAGAGGACAGGAGAGGUGGGACUGGUGAUGACAACACUGGUCAAGCCAGCUGAUGAUACCCUUUGUGAGUCGGCGGACAUAUUCCUAGACAAAGAAGAAAGGUUAUUUUUUAACCUGAAAGAAGAGCAGAUCAAAGAAGAAACUAUUGCCUUGCUGAAGAAAAUCUCCCAGAAUGAUGUUGGAUCCGUCUACAAACUUGAUCUGAUUGAUCAACCAGAUUCUCCAAAGGAACCAACUCAAAAUGGUUCCCAAGGAAACAUGGACGCUCACCAACAAGCAGAACUGAAGAGGAAGAUAGAAGAGAUUCUACAAGAAGGGAAGGAGAAAGUGCCUUGUGCGACUGUGAUGACAAACGGAACUCUGGAGGACCACAGUGAGUCCUCUAAGACUACAUUACCCAGUGGGCCUCACUUCACCGUCCACCCAGUAGAGGAAGGCACCACCACCAACCAAGAGAAACUCCUUCCUUUUCUAUCCUUUCUGGGCGGCUCUGACUACAAACCAGAUUUUGGCACCCUCUACGGACAAACCCCAGAACUGCUCCUUGCCACUUUCAAAGGCCAUUCGGAUGACAUUGACGAAUUGGUGGCAUACUUAGGCAUAGCCAGGGAAACAGCCAGGAAGAAGCGUCUCCAUUGGUCGCAGAGCCGCCUCUGUAUGCUUUUGGGGAAACUCUGCGCGGGAAGUUCAAAAUUCUCCCAGGCUCGAGUCUACUUUGAGGAGGCCCUCAGCAUCCCUCGAGAAGGAUUCACGGACAUGCUAAUGCUAGCUAACAUCUAUGUAAACCUAGCUGUGAUCUAUCUUAUGCAACAAAACACAGAGAAGUACUUUGCUUUGUCAGAGCGGAUUGCUGCAUUGCUUAUGGGUAUCCCUGACUGCGUCUCUACUGUAGAAAAAGACUCUGAAGUUCUCAAAUUCAUCCUGAAGAAAGCGGUUCUCGCUCAAAACAAGAUGGCUGAAGCACGUGCUUGUUUCCUUCUAGCAAAGCUCCACUGGAGGCGAGGCGAGGGGGCGGACGCUGUCCCGUUCUUGGAGAGACUUCUGGUUCUCUCGGCAGAGCCAGCAGGUGUCCGGAGCGUCAGGCCCAGCCACGGCUACCUGAGCCUGGGGAGACUGUACAGCCAGCUCUCCCUCCCCCAUCUCUGUGUCAGCUCAGCCAGGAGAGCCACAAUGCAUCCGUCCGCUAGGCUAGCCGAUUGUCUGAAUGGAAUGGGGCUAGUGCUGGAGAACACAGCCAGACUCUAUGGGAUCCGGAAGCAGGAAGACACCAUUCCAGCUCAAGUGGCUCUGUAUCUGAGCCGGUCGCUCUCUUUCACUGGGGAAUUAGCUGGAGUCGGUGGCAAUGGUGACCACACUCUAAGCCAGGCACUCACACUCUGCCUAUCCCAGCUGUUUCAGAAACACGGGAAACUAGGACGUGCGGUGCGCUCCAUGCACACUCUCAUAGACAAUCAUUGCGGGCCGUCAUCAUCAUCAGGCGCCACUAGCAGCCCUGAACGCAUCAGCGCCCUCGUGUGGCUAGCCUGGCUGCACAUCUGUGACAGCCAACCGGAGGUAUCACUAGACGUCCUCGACUCAGUGCUGGCCUCCAUGCCAGAACACUGCACUACUCCACAGGAAGGAUUGGUCCACAACAUGAGAGGUGUGGCCCUUCGAUGCAUGGGAGACCUGCGGAGGGCGGCAGAGAGCUACCAGGCAGCCAUUUAUGUGUGUGAGGAGUUUGAGGACAGGGCCAACUGGGCAGUCGCGCAGGCUAACCUGGGGUUGCUGUGUCUGAAGGCUGGGGCUAAGGGUCUGGCGGAGAGGCAUCUCACGGAAGCCGUGGAGCUGUUCUCAGAGCUGGGUGGAGAGGAGCAUGAGGUGAACUUUAUAACAGUGCUGCUGGAGCUGGGACAACACUGUGUGAACCAGAGACUCCUGGAAAGAGGGAAGAUCUACUUUGAGUGGGCUCUGCUGAUGGCCAUUAAGUCAAACCAUUUAGACAGUCAGUUAAGUGCGACGCGGCGUCUGUGCCACCUGUACGGAGCUGUAUGUUCUGACGAAGCUCAGUGCAUAAUCUACAAAGAACAUCAGCUUGCCAUACUGGCGACCCGGGGAGACAGGGGACAGGAGGGGGAGGUGCUGGAGACCAUCAGCCAGCUAUACCUCAGUCUGGGGACAGAGAGGGCUAGGCGGUCGGCUCUGGACUACACCAAGCGUAGCCUGGGUAUCUUCAUAGACCUGGGCCGUAAGGAAAAGGAGGCAUAUGCCUGGCUGCAGGCUGGGAAGAUAUACCAAAUGCUGGGCCAAACCGAACUAGUGGACCUCUAUGUACAGGUGGCCCAAGAUGUGGGCCUGAGUACAGGAGACACACACUUUAUCCUACAGCUGCUGGAGGCAGCUGGGGAUGUCUUCUUCAACCUCAACCAGGAGAGAGAGAAGGCUGUCUGCUUCUAUAGGGACCGUGCCCUGCCCAUCGCUGUGAGGACCAGCAGUACAGAGGCCAGACUAAGGCUGUCUAACAAGCUGGUGGAGCUGCUACUGCAACUGAAGCUGUAUGGAGAGGCCGUGGAGUUCGCCCAGGCCGCCCUGGACAUCAGUGUUACACUGGGAAAUCGUCUAAAUGAGCGCGUGGCCUUCCACCGGCUGGCCACCCUGUACCACUGUCUGGGUCAGUUUGAACUGGCUGAACACUACUACCUGAAGACCCUCUCCCUCUGCCCCACGCCCCUGGAGUUUGAUGAGGAAACCCUGUACUACGUUCGAGUCUAUCAGACGCUAGGGGACAUCAUCUUCUAUGACCUGAAGGACCCCUACGAUGCCGCGGGGUACUACCACCUAGCGCUGGCAGCAGCCAUGGACCUCGGCAACAAGAAGUCCCAGCUCCAGCUCUGCACGCGAUUGGCUACGAUCUACCACAACUUUCUGGUUGACCGGGAGCUCUCACUCUUCUUCUACCAGAAAGCGCGAGCGUUCGCCUCAGACCUCAAUGUACGCCGCAUCAACCUCUCGCCCGACCAGAACUUCAGUAGUAUGUCGCAGUACAAGUCGAUUAGGGUUAGCACUCGGGAACCAACAACAAAGUAACCACCAAACCACCAUCUUGGUUUGAAGUUUGGCAGAAGAAUGGAGAGUUUAAGGUAGAGGAAAUUGUGCCAAGUGGAUGUCGUAUGUUGGGUUUGAAGAAGUGUACAUAUGUAAUUUUGAGCUUUUUAAACCAUUAAGAUGUGUUGAUGUGAUUUUGCCAAUUAGGGUUCUGUGCCGUACUGAACAAUUUCACUUAUAGAAUCAUAUACCAAUAUCUACAAUUGUCUUCAGUUGAUGACCUGAAAUUAGAUGAAGUCAUGGUAAAAGGAAUGAAUCAUGAAAGACAUACAGUACCAGUCAAAAGUUUGGACACCCCUACUCAUUCAAGGGUUUUUCUUUAUUUUGACUAUAUUAUACAUUGUGGAAUAAUAGUCAAGACAUCAGAACUAUG